GAACAGAAAAUUACUCAAAAACCUUUGAACAGCAACUUCUUGAUAUUGGAGCAAAAAUUUUUCUCGCAGAAAAAAUGACCACAGCAUAAGGCUUCAGAAUUCUUCAAGUUGAUCAAAAAGUAUCUGGAUAUGGUGGAAGGUACAGGCAGAUGAUACAGGUUUCAAAAACUUUGAACAAGCAUGUGACCCAUGUAGUCUUCAAAGACGGACAUUUGGCUACAUGGAGAAAAGCACAGAAGAUGGGUGUAAAAAUAGUUUCUGUACUCUGGGUGGAGAAGUGUCGAGAAACAGGAGUACAUGUUGAUGAAUCCUUAUUUCCUGCAGUAGACCCUAAUGAAGGAUUACCACUACUGAUCAAAAAACACAAAUGUAUGCAGCCAAAAGACUUCGUUGAAAGAACUCCAGAAAAUGAUAGAAAGAUGCAGAGAAGACUGGACCAGAUGGCUAAAGAAUUAGCUGUACAAAAGACAGCAAUUAAUGCUGAAAAUGAUGUACCAGUUUUACUAUUUGAAGACAAUGGUUUGCUUGGAUACAGCCCUGUUAAUAAGAUAAAAGAUCAAUGCAGUGCAAUGAAAAGAAGAAUAAAGGACAUGAAGGAAAAAAGAGAAAAUCUUUCUCCUACUGCUUCACAAAUGUCUCAAAUACCUCCACGCAGUUCACCAGGAGACUGCCCGCUGUCUACUUGUCUCUUAACUAAUUCAGAAGAUACAUUGUUACCAGGAGAACAAAUGGAAGACUGCUUGAACUCAAGUUAUGAUUAUCUUUGGGGAACUGAUAAAUUAAAGAGACAGAAAACAGAGGUAGUAAAACACACCUGUGAUACUUGGCCUGAUAUUCAUGUAUCCAUGAGUGCAUCAGUGAAUUCUGUCUCACAUAGCUAUGAGCAGAAGAGCUUAACACCAAAACAACAUAGCAGAAGAAGCUUAAGAAGGGAACAAAUUUUGCAGUGCGCUUUGGUUGAUAAAUUGUCCUCAGAAAAGAAAGAUCUAAAAAAGUUUCCAAAGAAAAAUCAGAAGGAUGAAAAUAGCAUGACUACUUCAGUUGCAAAUGAAAGCUCUCUUCUCCAAAUCAAGGGCUUGGGUCAUAGUACUCCUUCCAAAAAAAUAGUCAAGUUAAGUAUCGUUCCUUCUUUGAUUGAUGGUCUCUCUAGUUCACCUAUGAAUAGUGAAGACUUAAAUACAUGUUCAUUGGAUAGAAGCUUCCCUGUUGACAAAAAUGAUUGUGUUCUUGGAGACAAGAAGAGGAAGAAGCUACAGACACUACCUAGUUUGAAACUGGCUACCUCAGAAUUGGGUGCAUCAGGGUCUAAAGAGUUCUUGCAAGCAAUUACUACAUAUAGCAAGUCUUUUUGUGCUGAAGAGGCUUCUUAUGAAGACUUCUUUUCAUCAUCUAAUUUGAAUGAAAAGGAAGUAGAGGUACAAAUACCAAAGGAAUCACCAAAUCCUCCUGAAGUUUCUUGCAAAAAGACUUUUACAAGCAUAGACUCACUUGAUGCGAGUUUCUGUAAGCCACGUAAUUCUUCCAAGAAAAGUAGGAAAAAGUCUAUUUCAGCAAAUGUUAUUCCAGUAAAGACAAACUUCAAACCAGCUGAGCUUCCUGGAAAUGUGCCAUUAAAUUGUAUAUCAGGUGAUAAAAAAGCUGACACUGCAGAAGCUCUAGAUUCUGAUGAUGUGAAUAGGAUGUUUCAGAAUGCUCAUGAGAAAUCCUACAGAACCAAUGUGAAUUACUGUACUCAUACAAAUGGUGAUGAAAAUGAAGUUUCAGAGUGUCAUGUUACUGCUGGCUCUCUCGAAGUUUUUAAUGAACAAAAGAAUAAGCGCAAUGGGGGGUUAAGAAAAAAUAGAAGACUCCAAAAGCCAACAAGGACACUAGUUAUGACGAGUAUGUCUUCUGAGAUGCAAAAUACAGUAAUUCAGGUGGUGAAUAAACUUGGAGACUUUUUGUUCUCAGAUGAUGUAUGUGAAACAACAAGUCAUGUAGUCACAGGGAGUCCUCGCCGUACCUUGAAUGUUAUGCUGGGAAUUGCCCGUGGCUGUUGGAUUGUUUCUUAUGAAUGGGUCCUGUGGUCUUUGGAAUUGGGCCGUUGGAUCUCAGAGGAACCAUAUGAGCUUUCAUCCAGCUUCCCUGCAGCUCCUAUCUGCAGACUUCAGCGUCAACUAUCAACAGGAAAAUACCAGCAGAAUCUCUUUUCCAACCAGCCUGUUAUGUUUGUAUCCCCUACCAGUCAGCCACCCUGCAGAAAGCUGACUGAACUUAUACAGCUGUCAGGAGGGAUAAUAUGUAAAGCUUUACGUCAGGCAAAAAUCUGUAUAGGAAAAAACCCAGGAAAGAAUUACCAGGAAAUAAAAUGUUUAUCAGAGAAAUGGGUAUUAGAUUCAAUCACUCAGCAUACAAUAUGUCCCAUGGAAAACUACAUUUUUCAACUGUGAGCUAACUCAAGAGCUUCCAUAUGGUUGUAAGAAAACAAGCUUACUUUGGAUUCAACAAAAAACUAAGCUGUGAAUAAAAUUUCUAAGAAAGCUCAAGUCGCUUAUUUAUAAACACAGGGAAAUGUUUUCUGCAUUUUUAUUACUUGUGUAAGUGUUCAUCUUGUGAAAUCUUUCGGUUUUUAUAACAAAGUACUUCCCUAAUAAAAGUCAUCUUGCUUUUAUUUAUUUGUUGAAGACCUCUGGACCUGAAAGUUGAAUGCAUCGUUAUUCACUGGGAGGAACUGGAAAGGAUCUUUUCUAAUCUCUGUGCAAAGCUGAUCAUGUUACAGUGCAAUUAAAAGAUGCGCAUGCCGCGUGGGUUAGCGUGCCUGAGCUAGCUCUGGUGGAGGCAGCAGGAGCUGUGCCACCACUGCAGAUGCAGGGAUUCUGUAGGCUCCUCUCUUCCGAGUGCCUCUGCGGACAGCUGAAGGCCCGUCUUGCCGUAUCUUCACGGCCCCUGCUAAUUAAGUUUCUUUGGUAUAUGGAUAAGAUGUCCCAUCAUGUUCAGCUCACACCUGCUGGUGUAAAAUUGCACUUCUAAAUUGAGUUUUCAGAAGCAGUUGAAGCUCAGUAAUUAUGCUCAGAUGCAUAGUUAAGAUAUUACUUUAUUUCAAUACCUUUAAUUGAAUUUCAAACUGUCUACCUUACAUCUAGGCUGAAACCAUAAACAGUUACUGAUCCUGAGUCAAACGAAUUAAGACAACAUGUCAUUCAAGUGCUAAAAUCUGUUGAAAAUAGAACAUAGCAUUAAAUUCUUUAGGUAUGCUUAAAAAUGUAUGUAAAUGUCUUAAAUGUUAAAUUCCUCUUCAAUCUGUGGUUUUGUUUUUAGCAGGUACAAAGUAAGAUCUGUAUGUAAAGCAAGUUGUGCAACAGUUGUUUAUCUAUAAAUGUACAACCUCCUUUAAAUAUUUGCAAGGUCCAUCAAAAUGAUAUAUUAUCGUCAUAGAGCAUAAUAUAUUAUCAAGUAACUUAACUUAAUGGCAGCUCAUAACUCAAACCUUCCAAACCGAAUGCUGCCUUCAGAGUGCUGUCAGUGCAAGGCCAUGGAAACCCCAUACUAAAAAUAACGAUUUCAAGUUAAUAUUAUGGAACAAUCAAGGUACGAUGGUUUAUAAAUGUUGCCAUUCCAUUGCAUUGUUCUAACUUCUUAAGCUUUUUAAGGGAUUUGGAUGUACAAUUUUUGUAAACUUGAGGAUUAUACGGAUUUUUUCUUCAAAACAAGUUCAGCAGUAUCUGGCUGGCAGGCUGGUUAUGGCACAAAUUGCAUUUGUAUAGUUGCUCUGUCGAAUGUGAAACAUACUUCUUAAUGGAAAACCUCCAAGUUAUGAUUAUUUUAUGGAAAAUUAAACUGACUAUUUUCAGCAAUACUGAGCACCUGUAACUCAAAAGGUUAAGAUCUCGUUUUCAAGUAUCUAAGUGCUAUAUAGCUGGUUUGAGUAUGCAAACUAGAAAAUAUAAUUUUUUGAGGUUUUUUCCUUGCUUAGCUUUCUGACAUGUACAUUUUUAUCAGCAUCUCAGCUAGGAAAAGUCUGUUUCAUGCAAAAAUUGGUAUGUUUGAUACAAAAAUUGGUAAUCAGGUCUGUCUACAAAUUGUACCGUUUAUAAUCAAAACUAUUUACCUAUUUACUGCAGAGUGCUGGUAACACGGCAUCACUCUUCACCCUUGACCUUAUGAGCCCCUUUAUUAAGAAACUAGUUGCCAAAUAUUAUAGACCAAAAUAUAAAUACUGAAAUAGGUUGUGACAUGUGAACAUAUGGUUCCCAGUAAAUAACGGAAUAAUUUGUUUGAAUUAUAUUGCUUAACUUUGAAUAUUAUGACCUCCUAGUUUAUUUUGUAGUCAUUUCCUAAGUGUACUACCCAUAAAAAUCUGUCACUAUUAAUUUAUAUAAUAUAACAUUCCAAAUCAGUUUUCUCAUAAAUCUUCUUAAGAUUAAUCUCAGCUAUUUAAAUUGUAAAUUCUUGGAUCAACUUGUUGUCUUUAUUAGUCACAUGUGCAACAGACUUGACAAUGAAAAGUCUAGCGUACUUUUUUCUAAAUAAAAAUGUUACCGAUAAAACAAUCUGUCAAUAUAGAUCAUUUCAUCUUAAAUUAUAUGGUUUGAUAGAAAUCCCUGUCGAUUGGCUGUUCUUGCAAAAUUUGUAGUACACAGGUGAAUAUAGCCAGCAGGAAAAGAAAUGCCUAAUUUUGGUCUCACGUGAUGGGGGACAGGAAUGCUGUCCAUCCAUAUUGACUAUUGCUUUGCUAUACUACAUAGCGAAUACAGGAGAGGUUAGAAUUAAAUCCAAAGACCUGCAUGUUGUACAGGCAGCAAAAAAGAAAUACUAUUUCACGUUUAUAGCCUGAAGUCCUUCACACAAACAGCUUCUGACCUACGUACCCUAGUGUGGGUUCUUCACCACCUCAGAGUAGGAAGGAAGGCAUGUUUCUACCCGAGAUCUCAAUGGGAAAAGACAUUGACCCUGGUCAUCCCCUCAGUAAACCAACACGGGAGGAGGAAUGAUGAAAACUUCUCAAAUUAUUCGUCAGAAGAAAUCAACCAACUGAAAAAACACCUGCACUUGACACCAAGGUCCUAAGGCUGGUGACAUGCAGAAGAAAAGGCACAAAACCCAGCAACGUGAAGCAUCAUUGAUUCGCGGGUAGUUUUGACUGGAUCAGUGCUAAGACCUUUCAACGUACAGUGUUUAAUUGACAUUCUGCUGUAGUACAGCACAGCCGCACACCAUCUCCUCUACAAAAUGGUACCACUCUCACCUUAUCAGGAAUCUACCUUUUUAUUUUUUAAUUUCCUGGGUUUUCUCAGGGUUUUUUUGGUGGAGGAAAGGUUGUCUUAACCUUACCUUUUUCACCCUGCAUGAAUAUUUUUGCCAUUCGUUUGUGAAAACGACCUAGCUCAGCUGCUGUCUCUCCUUCUCAGCGAGCUCCUGCAUCCCCGCUAAAGGCUGUCUCCAGCAAAAUCACAUUGGCAUGAUUAAAGAUCUUUAUAAGUUAGCUUAAUUUGAUUGGGAAACAGUUUAAACUAAAAUAAAUUGAAAUAAAUUGAAAAGCCAAAAAAAGUAUUAUUCCUUCCUGAGAUUCACACUGGCUGAGUUAUAUUUUUAAAAGUAGCUUAAGUCCCAGCACAGGUCCUAUUUUAACUCGUUGCACUUGCAUUGGUGGUAUAGGUGAUACCACUCAGAUGCACGGAGCACUGAUAUCCCUCCCCUCCUUCCCCUUCCAGAGAUAAGAAGAGGUUUUGCCACACUUUGCGUAUUUUACUGGGGACUCACGUUGGCAAAUGCAGAUAUACUGAGGACAAACACAGGCAUGACCUUGAAGAAUGUGGUGCUUGUGUCAGAACGGCAGCAAAAUUGGUGUCCUCUCCAAACGGAAAAUAAAUUAGGAUCUAAAAUAAUUUCUUUAUAGCUAGAGUGACUAAUAAUGUGAGACUGGCUAAGGAUAUGUUUGAAAGCAAAACCGCCAGCAACUCAUAAGGUGGGUGGAUUAUACAUCUCUUUUUUUCCCCUUUCUCUGUUUUUGUAAUCAGUUUUAGAUUGCAACUGCAUUUGGGGUGUGUAUAUCUAGUGAGUAAAACAUCUCUAAAUAUUCGCAGUCAUCCUAGUAUAUGAGCCAUCUGGUACUGACUUAC